AUGCCUGACUGGCGCCCAUCGAAUUUGCAGCCAUCACCAACACUACACGAGUCGAAGAGUGAUGCUGAUCUUCGUGCCGAGCUUAUUGCCCCAGGAAAGGAGAAGGAACGGGAUAGGAAACAAAAUUGGGUACUGAAGGAUAUCAGGAUGAGGAGGAAGUUUCUGAAGGAAAUGGUCUUUUGCUGCCAAUUGAUUAAGUCAGAUUCUAAGGGCGCCCCGAUUGAGCCCGUUUUUCUCCAGCUCCUUCGGGGAUCUUUGCACCGGCAUUCGAGCAUAGUUUUCGGGUAUCCUGGUACCGUUCCAUUUCUUCUUUUGAAGUACUGUAAAUGGCGAAGAUGUGGUCAGGGUGUGGACCAAGGACGAUCGUGCAUGCUUUUGGGGCAGGUCAAGUCGGCUGUCAAUGUUCUUCAAGAAGCGCCCGACAAUAUUCUUUUGGAGUUGCGAUGCGAAGUCUUGACUGUGAUUGCAAGCCUGAGGAAAAGACUCACCAUUCCUUCGGAUGGGUGCUGUGGUAUUCUCAACAAACUACUAGCAAAAGUUGAGACGAUUGAAGAGCUCAAGAAAAAAGGUGUUGUCGAAAGCAUCGGUCCAAUGCGCCUUUCGCCUCAGGACAUCCGCUUUUGGCAUGUUUCUACAGUGCAGCGCCCAGUGAAGGACUCAUUACCCUCCUUUUACAGCGCAAAGGAGGUCCAUUGA